AUGGUUCCACAACAACUACAACUACAACAUUUAAACUUCCCGGCAAGGAAGAGACAAAGAAGAAGACUUGAAUUGUUUGAUUUACCUAACGAGAUAAUUGAACUCAUUGUUUUUUUCAUACCCGACUAUAUAUUGGAAACUUAUGUCAAUCUUCCAUUCCUAGGAGGAUAUGCAAUAAAUAGACUCUAUCGCUUUGCAGAAGUCUCAGAAUACUCGCGAUUUCUAGAUUCAAGAGAAGUAUACAAAUAUAUUAUUCAGAAAAGAGUUAGUAAACCCGUCUUAAAAUGUUAUCUCAAUUACGUACACCAAGAGUCUAGCAAACGAGUUUUUAAACCUUUGCGACUAUACCAAUUGGUUCAAUUUGUUAGAAAAUACCCAAGUUUUAAACCUAAAAUUGUUUAUUUCCUGCUGUAUGACCAAUUUCUUUGGUUUCAUGAACGAUAUACAAGUAUUCUAAGUCAAUUGCCACGAAUAGAUCUUGCAGUUACAGAACUGGACAGGUCACCACCCAUUUCUUUCGGUCUCGACUACAACAUUUACCGAGUUUUAUUGCCUUCGCGCCAGAAUACAACCGAUUCUCUGAAAGGAUUCAUUCAUGGGAAAAUGUUGCCAAAUAUCGUCUCCGUACUUGCCAAGUCUAUCCCCUCAUUUGAGGAUAAAACUUGGGGUAGAAAUAUUCAGGAACUUACAUUAUGGAAUGUUGGACUGAAUGACCUUUGUCGGAUAUUUCCAAAUUUGAAAAGGUUGAGAAUAGAUGGAUUGCUUGAUUUAUCUGUGAACGACUUCCCCCGUUUGCCGUUGAGCUUACAAUUCUUGCAGAUAAAUAUAACCAAGUUUGUUGAAUUGGACGUUACUUAUUUGGGAAGCUUAAGAGAAUUUGUGGCAGCAAUUCACUCCGCUUUGGACAGCCUAAGACGAUUCACGUUUCCUCCUGGGAUAGAGCGGGUGAUCUUAUGGAGCGAAUAUGGAAGCGCCAAUGAGCCAGAUAUUUCAGAUUUGGAUAGUAUAGAACUUUACCCUAAUUUGAAAGAGUUUGAGAUUGAGAUCAAAUCUCAAGGUUAUGGAACAAGGAUCUUUUCAAACAAUACUUUUCCCUCCAGUCUACGAAAGCUUAGAAUAACUAUGGAAGACCAUCCCGCUAGUCAGUGGUCAUUUGAAGGUAAUGGUACUGAGGUAUUUAUUCCCAUAGGUAACAACCUUCAAAUCCCAAAGAACUUAAACGUUCUUCAAUUAAAGGCGUAUCUUGGAUGUUAUCAACCUGAUAAAUUGCUAUUUCCAAGUUCAUUGAGGGUUUUACAUAUUUCAAACGAUUGGAAUCAGACGAAACAGAGGUGGUGGAAGUGGCCCAUUCCCGAAGAAAAUUGGUCUCAAGCCGUAUUUCCAGACACGCUUGUUGAGUUAAAGCUAAAAGUUUUCAAAAUCGGAAAAAUACGAUUUCCCAAAUCUUUACGGAGUUUGGUUCUAUCUUCUUGGCACGGGAUUGAAUUAUUGAAUUUGGCUAGUAUGGAAAAUUUGGUGCAACUUAAAAUCGGUUGGGUUGAAGAACUGAGCGAUUUUAUUUGCAAAUUGCCAUUGAGCUUAGACAUUUUGGAUUUGUCUAGAAGCACUAUUCGUGGAAGAAUCAUUAUUGAAGCUAGUAACUUAAAACAGUUUAAGUUGCCGCUUAUACGCCUUCUUAGUAGAUCAAAAUUUCAGAUCCCUGCAUGUGUACAACAACUUUUAUUCACCGGGUUUCGACUGUCAAUUAGAAUAGGUCGAGAUUUCUUACCAAAUUCAUUGACUGAACUAGAUUUGAGUCGAUGUGAUACAAAAUCUAAACUAUUCGACCAAUUUCAAAUACACAACUAUAAGAAUCUCGUGAAAUUGGAUUUACUGUCUAACAAACUUUCCCGAUUGGGAGAUCUUCCAGCGUCAUUAGAAUACCUAAAUCUUGGUAGAAAUCCAAUUGCGGUUUUUAAUCCUACGGCUUUCUGGAAUCUCCCAAAAUUAAAGGAACUAUACUUGAAUUCUACUAACAUAUUUAUACAAUUACAUGGAAUGCUGUUACAUUUCCCACAUUCGUUAGUUAAGUUGGAUCUUUCGUUGAAUAAUCUACAACCAGGUGCGGCAGCCAAUAUUAUAUUACUGUCCUGUGAUCAAUUACAAGAGUUACGUUUGUUUGGAAAUAAGGAAAUGACAGAUGCUCAAGUGAUAGUAGAUGUUGUAAAAUCGUCUAUUCCAAACAUUGUUGAAGUAAUAUUGGAUUGGGAGGUUGGAAAACAUAUAAGACAAGAAGAAGGGGUCAAUUUCUUGUCAUUUCGUUAG